UGACGUCCGUUGAAUUUUGAUUUCUGACGGAAAAAUACGAAAACAAUACGUAAUUUCGCUAAAAGCAAAUAGAUUAUAAUAAAAAGUGCAUAGUUUUGUGGAAUUUGUGAACAGGAUAUUAUUGGUUAUAUGACAGGCGUGUGUAUGGCUUGUUUGCAAAAAUGUUAGAAAAUCCAAUAACUUCAACUCCUCUGCAAAGGCAGAGCCUUGGCGGGAGCAGCGGCAGCUCUAUAAUAAAAAGAAGGAGUCUCAUACCACACACUCGAGUAACCAGAGCCAGAGAUGAUGAUUGCAACGAUGAUGAUGCUGAGAGGUCUUCACUGGUGGCAUCAGAGCGCGCGGUGGCGUCGUCGACGCCGACGCAGUCCCCGCGCCGCGGCCGUGAGACCAUGUCUUCAUCGCCACAGAAGGAACACUUUCAAGGAUGUUUGAAACUCUAUGCUGAAAAUAAAAUAAACAAAGAUAAUGCCUGGAACCUGCAGUUGAUAGACUUCAUGACAUCAAUGUUGAGGAAACAUGACUCUAGAAUGGAAAACUUGCAGACAGCAUCCACGGUGGUGGAUGCUUCAGCCAGGAUUUACUCAUUCAGGGUGGAUGCUGUGCAUUAUGAUGUGCUCAAGAUGGCUGGAGGACUGAGUAAAGCUGCUCAGACUAAGAGAGGUAAGAAGGACGACGAGGGUUGCACACAAGAUGAAGGCGCAGUGGACGGUGACGUAACCACGGCGCCUGUUAAAAAGAAGAAGAAACGAUCCAAGGGCGCAGUAGCCGCCAACCCUGACGUCUUCAACGGGGAUUUUGAUGCAAAUGAUUGUAUAGACCCAUUCUUCGAGAGACUAGCAGCGACCACGGGCGACGUUACUUCAUCGAACCGAGCGUUCAACGCGACCUUACCAAUAGACGACAAGACACUUGGACUCAUUUUACGAACAGACGACCUAUUCCUAGAGCCAAUAAAGGAGAAUGUACCAGAGGACAUCGACCUGACGGAGCGCAUCACGAUAGCCCUGAAGCUGCUACCUGCGUUCACGAGCAGCGAUCAGAUCUGUGAACCAUUUACUGGCUUCUCUAUCAGCAACUGGGACCCAGAGACCGAGGAUACUGAUUCUCGCGUGAACAACUGGGUGGAGGACAACCGCCUGAACCUGUCUCAACAGGCGUUGGCCUUCGACGUCAACGCUGAGGUGGAGCCAAUACCUCAGGAUGAGCAGCAUAACGAUUUAUAUGACGAGGAGCCGCUGGGCGGCAUCUCGAGCGGCGAGGAGGCGGACGUGUGCGUGGCGGCGUGCGUGGCGCGCGCGGCGGGCGGCGCGGCGGCGCGCCUCACGGACAUGCGGCCCGCGGCGCGCGCAGACACGCGGCUGGAGUACUCGUACUGCGGGGCCAUCGUGGCCGCCUGGGCCGGGCCCAGCCACUGGCGGCUCAAGAACAACAGAGCAUCAAAACUAUCGGAGCGCACACAAUCAACGGGCGGCCGCCUCACAGUGGACGGGACCACCAAAAAGCCCCCUAGAACGAAGCGCCAGCUGGACUUCCUGGGCGCAGGGCUCGCCUUCGACUGCAGGGCCGAGCCCACGGGCGAGUACGAGCCCACGCAGCCGGCCAAGAUUGUCAUCAGCAGGAAGACACUCGCUACUGGACAUACCUGGAAUGAAGCCAACUUUAAAACUCCUAUAGAUAGAGGCCUAGACGAGUCCCACUUCCGCAAGUUAUUCCUGCGCCGUAACGUGAUGCUGCCCCGCAAGAGGUCGCUGGAAGCCAGCAAGCCGGCUGACGUCGAACCGCUGGAGGUGGACGCGGCCAGGGAUUACGACUACAACAACGAGAACGACGCCUCCUACUGCGUCAAUAACGUACCGGAUGGCGACGAAUGGGGCAAUGAAGACGCUUUGGCUGCAGGAGACCCGCACGAGCAGAUAAAGGCUGCUGAGCCGGAGGAAAUUGGUGACAUGCUGGAACCACCCACUAAGAUCGCGAAAAUCUUCAUCCCAUACGCAAUGCGAGCGAAAAAGGUAGACAUGAAGCAAUUGAAACACUGUACAUGGAGAAUGCUAACUGAAAAGACUAAAGAGGGCGAGAAGGAAGAUGUUCACCCGACGACCUUCUUCAAAAUAUACACGAGGUUACCUCACAAACUCACUCCCAACAUGAGGGAGUCGCUCAGUGUGCCAUUAGCCUUAUUGUCCGUCCUACAUCUAGCCAACGAGAAAGGACUCAUUUUGGAAAAGAAAGACGACCUCAAGGACAUCGGUAUUGCAGGCCUUAUAAAAUAAUUUCAGUACAAAUUAGUUUGUAAUGAAUUGCAUGUUUGAAAGAAUUGUCUGCGUAUCUACCAUUGAGAAGAAAGCUUUUGUUUGUUGCUCAACUUGUGCAUUUAUAGAUGUAAAAAUCAAGUCUUGCAUGUAAUAAGCCACUAAGCUUGUUAGGUACAAGAUUUCGCAAUUUUUUGGAUGAAAGAUGAUAAUAGUGGCGAUUCGGCAACCACCAACUUAAUUUGACAGGACUAAAACUAGUUCCAUUUCUUUCUUGCACGUAUUGUUAGUGAAGGACGGCACUAGUUUGAGCUGUCAAACUGUUAAGGGUAAGUUUGUGCCCGCCCAAACAGGCACCAAUGAGUGGUAUAACAAUUUGUUUGUCUUCUAAUAUUUUUCUCAGUGGUAGAUAGUCCCAAAUGCUGGGCAUUAGUUAGUAAUAAUGAAAAUGUACAUAAUCACAUGCAUUAUUUUCCAUUUCGUGAAUUAAUUUGAUAAAGCCAAUGUCAUAUUGUACAGACGUUUUAUAAGUCGUAUAUUUUAAUAAUUAUUUUACUUUUUAAUAAACUAGAUUUAUUAAGCA